UCCAUUGGUUGAGGACGGUGGAGGCUUCCUCCAGUAAGGGAGCACUUUAUAACGCGAUGGCCCUUCCUAAGAUGGGAGCAAUGUGUGCAAUGUGAUCUUGGUGCAUUAAUCAAGUUACCAAGGGACAGAGCAGCUGAGGAAAAUAUUCUGCAGAAUGAUCUAGGAAUGGCCUUUGUAGAUGACGGUGAUGACGACUAUGGGCUAUUUGAUGGCUAUGAUAGCCUGGAGGAACGUGGCAGCAGCAGUGAUGGGAACUUCACCACAGAGAUAUCGAGUGACGAGAGCAUGGAAGAGGAGGAAAGGAGCCGGCACCAGGAUUUGGAGUUGGAGUCGAUAUCGGGAAUGACAAAUGAUGAUGAGGAGUCAUCCAUCAAUGGAAAACUUGGAAUGGCUACCUGUGAGAUGUGCGGCAUUAAGGGAGAGCGGGAAGCCUUCUUUUCCAAAACUAAAAGGUUCUGCAGUGUCUCUUGUUCUCGGAGUUACUCUUCCAACUCGAAGAAAGCCAGCAUCCUGGCCCGGUUACAGGGAAAGCCACCGACGAAGAAAGCGAAGGUGUUGAACAAAGCUUCAUGGGCAGCAAAACUGGGGGCAUUUCUACAGCGUCAAUCUGCGGGGAUGACAACAAACAGCGGUCAGAGUGGCAGCUCUGGUGCUGACCAAGGAUUUGAAUGGGGGAAGUAUAUUGAAGAGCAGAACUGCAAAGCUGCCCCUGUUAGCUGCUUCAAACAUGUUCCACUAUUUGACCAGUGGGAAGAUGUUACAGAAGGCAUGAAGGUAGAAGUAUUGAACCAUAACUGUAAUCUUCCUAACAAAGUCUUCUGGAUAGCAACUGUCAUCAAAUUAGCAGGUUACAAGUCAUUACUGAGAUAUGAAGGAUUUGAAAAUAACUCGCGGCAAGAUUUUUGGUAUAAUCUUGGGAGUGUAGAUGUCCAUCCUAUUGGCUGGUGUGCAACGCUUGACAAACCCCUCGUGCCACCUCAGGCUGUGCAAAACAAAACGACGGACUGGAAAGCCUAUCUUUUAAGGAAACUGAUUGGUUCCAGGACCCUACCAGCUGACUUCCAUUAUAAGAUGGUGGAGAGCAUGAAGUACCCAUUCCGACCAGGAAUGCGGGUGGAGGUUGUCGAUAAGACACAGAUUUCACGCACGAGGAAAGCAGUUGUGGACAGCGUGAUAGGUGGGCGCCUGCGGCUGCUGUAUGAAGAUUGUGAGGAGGAUGACGAUUUCUGGUGCCACAUGUGGAGUCCUCUCAUCCAUUCGGUGGGAUGGUCCAGGAGAGUGGGUCACAAAUUGAAAUACACAGAAGGAGUUCAUAGAGGAGAGCUGAACUCGUACCCAACAUUCAGGAAAAUCUACUGUGAUGCUGUACCUCACCUCUUCAAAAAGGUGCGAGCAGUUUACACACAUGAUGGUUGGUUUAAAGAAGGGAUGAAACUGGAGGCCAUUGAUCCACUGAAUUUAUCCACCAUUUGUGUUGCUAGUGUCCGAAAGGUUCUGUUGGACGGAUACCUGAUGAUUGGAAUUGAUGGCUCUGAGGCUGCCGAUGGAUCAGACUGGUUCUGUUAUCAUGCGUGUUCGUAUUCCAUCUUUCCUGUGGGAUUCUGCAAGAAGAAUGACAUUGUAUUAACGCCUCCACAAGGUUAUGAGAAGAACUUCGACUGGGAAAUGUACUUAAAAGAGACUGGUACUGUGGCAGCCCCUGCUAGUCUCUUUAUUCGGGAUAUUCCGUAUCAUGGUUUUGAGCCCGGAAUGAAACUUGAGGCUGUCGAUCUGAUGGAGCCUCGCUUGAUCUGUGUGGCCACCAUCACACGUGUGGUGAACCGUUUGUUGAAGAUCCAUUUUGAUGGGUGGGACGAUGAGUAUGAUCAGUGGGUUGACUGCGAGUCACCAGAUGUGUAUCCAGUAGGCUGGUGUGAGCUGACAGGUUACCAACUCCAAGCACCUGUAGCACCAGCUCCUGAAAAACCGGUGCGUAAAUCAACAGAAACCAGCAAGCCAAAGAAGAAGACUUGCAAGAAGAAAAAGAAGAGGGUGCUGCUGGUGAACCGUGGAAUGAAGGGCAAACCAGGAGCAUUACCCAAAGCAGAAGCAAAGGAGGAGCCGACAGAAGAUGAAAGUAAGAAAAAUCAUGUCUUCUGAUAUAAAACAGCUGAAAGCACCCAGCAGUCAUUGCAGUGCAAGUAAAGGAAGAAACUGUUGAGCUACCAGCGUCAACGGAUCCCAACAGCAUGCUGUUCCCUCCUGAAAACCUCAAACAGGAGCUGGAGGACUGACCCACUCUGACUCAGCACUAGUGUGAAUUGGCCACCGCUGCAUCCUGUAAGUUUCUUCAUUUAGGGACUGGUGUUGGAGAACGAGUGCUGCAGUCGGGAGCUACAGACUUUGAAGCUGUGUUCAGUGAAGCAGACUGGUUUAAACUGGCUAGGACUGGAUCCAACUAUAAGUAUAUAGUGGGGCUCUUUGAUACUAAUUCUGUGCUGCCAAAAAGAGUUAUGAUUUAUUAAUAAGAAUUCUGCAGUAAUAAGCUAGAAAUAUCAUGGCUGAAGUAAUUAUAUGAGAGUAUUUCAAAAGCUGGUCUAUAGAGAGUGCUUUACAGAAAAUAACAUCAGUAUAUUAUUCAGAUUCUUUUCAAUUGGUUUUACCACCCAUUGUAUAAUAUUUAAAUAGAUUUCCUGAGGCCCAGUUACCCUCUAUCACACCCAAGUGGCCAUUCUUUGUAUGCAAGUGAGGAGAGCAGAUAGACAUGAAUCAUUUAACCACUGGUAAAUGUACAAGUCACUGUUUCUGCAGUGCAGUGUCAAGGUGAUGCCUCUCCUGUGGUCAGCAGUGAGAACUGGUUUCUUUCUUACUUGUGCGGUCAUUUAUUCAGAAGCAGUAAAGACCACCUUCACUCGUCCCUAAAUUUGUCCCUGCUCAGUUCGGGUAAUUAGUCGCAGAUGGGCAGCCAAACCAGGGGCUCUGUGGUCUACACUGUGUAGCUCAGUACUGUAAAUGGAAGAUCCUGACCAUCUUCCUUCCCAUUAAAGUUCUCUGCUUGAUCUCCUUGCUUGGCCACAUGGGUACCAUCACUUUCCAGAAGCUUGACUAGUUGGCUAUUGUUCACUUCACCAGCCACCAGGCCUUGCAGUGGUCCUGUGACCUGAUGUGGAUUGGGGUGAUGGUGGGGUGCAGGUGGUCUGGCAUUCUCCUGUGGGAUCUCUCCAGGUAGAGAUAUUUGGCUAACGUAAUCUCCUUCUUGCUCAAGUGCUAAGGCUAAAUUGAGCUUCUCUAUCACUAAAGUGGCCUAGACCGGAGAUUGAUCCAGGAUCUGUGUGCCCCAUUUGGCAUGGCUUCAACUUGCUGAUCUGUCUAUCGGGGAGGAGGGGUGGAAUUUCUUUUUUUUCACCCUGGGUGAGUUUUAACAGAAGCAGGAAAAGUCAAUGAGCACCAGAGACGAAUAUAAAUGGGAAACCUGAAUCAGAAUCAGGUUUAUUGUCACUGUCUUUAUGUGAUGUGAAAUUUGUUGUUUUGCGGCAGCAGUACAUUGCAAAGGCAUAAAAAACUAUAAAUUACAAAAUAAAUAGUACAAAAAAGAAUAAUGAGGUAGUGUUCAAGGACCAUUCAGAAAUCUGAUGGUGGAGGGGAUGAAGCUGCUCCUGAAUCAUUGAGUGUAGGUCUUCAGGCUCCUGUACCUCCUCUCUGAUGGUAGUAAUGAGAAGAGGGCACGUCCUGGAUGGUGAGGGUCCUUAGUAAUGGAUGCCACCUUCUUGAGGCACCGCCUCUUGAAGAUAUCCUCAGGUGGAGAGGGUUGUGCCUGUGAUGGAGCUGGCUGAGUCUACAACCCUCUGCAGUCUCUUGCGAUCCUAUGCAUUGGAACCUCCAUACCAGGCUGUGAUUCACCCAGUCAGAAUGCUCUCCAUCAUACAUCUAUAGUAAUUUGCAAGAGUGGUGACAUACCAAAUCUCCUCAAACUCCUAAACAAGAAUAUCAACAAUACCUGAAUAAGAAUGUCAAGAAGCUGUGUAUGAAAUGAGCCAGCAUUAUCCAAAACAAUCCUUUAUUCCCCUUUUUAUGACCCACUUAUUGUGAAUGUCUACUUCAAGGUUGUAUGUUCAGGUCCCGCCCCAAGGAUCUGAGCACACGACUGGGGCUGAUGCUCCAUUGCAACACUGAGGGGUUCUGGUCAUUUCAGAUGAGACAUUAUGCUGAAGUUCUGUCUGCCCUUGGGUGCAUGUGAAAGAUCGCGUGCGUCUAUAUCAAUGAAGAGUACGAGAAUUCUCUCUGGUCAAAUUUGCUCCCUUGAUCAAGGUCACUGAAAGUGUACUUGGUCUUUUUUUACACUGCUUUUUGUGGGAACAAAUUGGCACUUGCAUUUGCUACAUCAUAACUGUCACUGGUACAAGAAGGUGAUUCUCAUCAGCUGUAAAGCUCUCCAGGAGGUCUUGAGGUUGUAUAAUGGAAAUGCAGGUUUUUGUGUAGGGAGGAAAAAGAAAAGUUGUAUGUAUUUUUUUAGGGAAACUCAGUUUGUGAAGUGUGUGGGUUCCAUAUAAUGCUAAAAUAUGGCUUAGAAUUUUUUAGCAUUAUAUGGAACCCACACACUUCACAAGCAUUAUGGCUUAGAAAUGGCAUUCACUUGGUGAUGCCUCAGUGUUUUCAGCUGGUUUACUGUAUUCCAAGGCUGUGUGACUCAUUCAUUGUUUCAUUCUGUGUAAAGCUGGCACCCAAGCCCGAUGUGAAAUUACUGCUGGCAAGGAUCUUUAAAGGUCUGAUAAAUUGGGUUAAGUGCUAUUUUUAUAGAGGGAAGCGUAACACAGGCAGAAUAAUUUGAAGGGUGGGAUAUAAUGGGAACAAAUACCAUGGUCUUAAUGAUCUGACAAUCUGAAAUACUCACUCCAAGCACUCGUAGGGUCUCAAUCCUCAGUUUCUUGUGCCAAGUUGUCUAGUUUUAGUCCUGCAUCUUAGCUCCAAUGAAACUUGAUUUCCACCAUCUCUUCAAAUAUUGUGUGACUAAUGAAAAUAAUUCUCUGUGAAAUAAUUUCUCUUCUAGUACUUCCAUUUACUCUAAUGGUAUUUAUUGUCAGGAAUAUGUCAGCCAGCGAGUUGGAGAUGGUCUAGCAUAUAUGAUUGAGUAGAUGGCUUUGUUUGCUGUACCAAGAGACCAUUUUAUUCAGAAAGCAAAUGAAAAAUAAACUGCAAAUGCUGGAAAUCUGAAAUAAAAACACGAAAUGCUGGAAACUCAGCAUCUGUGGAAAGUGAAAUGGUUAAUAUUCUGGGUCCAGAACCUUUUUAAAAGGUAGAAUUUGAGUUGAAAUCCACACGGGAUGGGUCAGGGCCUGAGAUGUGAAGAUGGAAGCAAGCUUCAGGUUCAAGACCCUGUGUUCUGACCUGAGAUGUUACUCUGCUUCUCUUUCCACCAAUGCGCACUGAACUGAUGAGUGAUUCCAGCAUUUUUUUUCCCAGAAAGCAAUCUCUUUUAAAUAGGAGUAACAGCAACCUCCCCCUUUACUGGCUGACUCAUUUUCCCAGGAAAACACAGUGAGUGAAGGAUAGUUGCUUAUAAGUAAUGUAUAUAAAGCAACCCCAGUCACUUACUGCAAAUCUCAUUAGAGUCAUAGAGACCACGCGGAAAUGGGCCCUUCGGCCCACUGAGUUUGUGCCAACCAUUAACCACCUGUUUACACUCAUCCUGUGUAGCGGAGGAGGGGGGGAGCCACCCAAAUAUCUCGGCUCUGCUGGUCGUAACUUUGUCACCCUGUAGAACGUCUCGGAUGCUGAGCAUUCCCAGCAAUUUGUUUUCAAUUCAGAUUUCCAAAGUUACUUCAUUUCAGAUAAUGAACCUGCUUCUCCCGUUUGCACAUCCUUUAGACCAAUCUUUUGUUUCUUUGCUUGUUCCGUUGGUGCACCCAUCUUGUGCUAAUGAUCCCUUUUCUCAUUAACCAUCCUAUCACAAGCCUUUCCUUUUGUUCUCACCUCCCUGUUCCCUACCCACCUUUCUCUGCUGUUUCUCUAACUUUUCUCAGCUCUGAUGAAAGGUUAUCGAUUCAGAUUGUUAACGCUACUCCUCUCUUCCUUGGUGCUGUCUGAUCUGCUGACCAUUUCCAGCUUUUAGUGUCUUCCUCAGUGCACCUUCUUCAUUCUGUGCACAGCAUCUAGCAGGUGUUGGUCCUCAUUGCAGUUGUAAUUGAGUCAUACAGCCACUGGAGCCACUGCCUCACAGCUCCAGCGACCUGGGUUCAAUCCUUACCUCAGGUGCCGUCUGUGUGGAGUUUGCACGUUCUCCCUGUGACCAUGUGGAUUUCCUCUGGGUGCUCCGGUUUUCUCCCACAUCCCAAAGAUGUGCGGGUUGGUAGUUUAAUUGGCCGCUGUCAAUUUCUUUCAGUAUGUCGGUGAGUGGUAGAAUCUGGGGGGAAUGGAUAAGAAUGUGUUGAGAAUAAAAUGGGAAUAAUGUAGGAUUAGUGGAAAUGGAUGGGUG